UCCAGGACCAUCUACUCCCCUCACUUGGGCCUUUUUCUCUCUGGCACGGAGGUUGAGGAGCUGGAACUAUUGAAACUUGUAACUUUACAGUUCUGUUAAAGACUUCUGGUUUUGAUUUGGGCGUCACCACAUGGGCUAUCUCUAGACGGAACCGCUUCUGGACGCACUCGGAGCUGUUAGGCUUCUCACUUUUACGCAAAUCUUCCAUAAUUGGAUAUCUUGGGUGCCAUUGAUACCCCAAGAAGCUCACGGCUUCUCUGACCCGAUACCACAACCUGGAUAUGGAUCGAGCAGUGUGGGUCACCUCGUACUCCACCUGUGUUUAAACUGAACCAAGAUGCUGCCUCAGCGGGUCCUGUGCUUGUUGCUGUGCAGCGAGAUCGGCGCGACUGAGCUACUCCGGCACAAAAGGUCGACUCUCGGUCCUCAUUAUGAAUCCACCACCGCCGACAGGAAUGCGCACAGCCGGAGAUGGCGCAGAGUCAGCUGGCGGAGCAAUGGAGGAGCCAUCGCGAAGGUCCCGCCGAUGGUUAGUAUUGAUCCGGAAUCAUCUGAGCCGAUGACAGCACAGCACCCAUGGUUUGUGCGUAAAAGCUCCGCAGAAAGUGCAGAUUUACGCACUAAGGAAAGUAGGAGAAAAGGCGAGUGUACUGUGGGACAAGUGCUCAAACAAACCGUUCACGGACCUAAAUGCGCAGUUAGAACCGAUGAGAACGACCCGAAGCACACGGAGGACCGGAUCAGGCGGAGUGAGCCGCUACCGGACUCACCGAAGGCUCUGCCUGUCGCCAUGGCGCAGGAGCAGGAUACAUUAUUCCCCUUAAUGUUCAACAGCAGCAACUAUGAAGAAGAGGACUACGUCUUCCCGGACGUCCCUGACUCCACGCCGUUUGGCCCAGUGAAGCCGCGAACCAGACACAAGCAGAUGAAGAACCCGUUUUAUCCGCUCACUGCGGCGUCCUACGGAGCGUACGCGGUGCUGAUGGUGGCCGCCGUCAUAUUCAGCGUGGGCAUCAUGGGGAACGUGUCGCUCAUGUGCAUCGUGUGUCACAACUACUACAUGAGGAGCAUUUCCAACUCCCUGCUGGCCAACCUGGCGCUCUGGGACUUCGUCGUUAUCUUCUUCUGCCUGCCGCUCGUAGUUUUCCACGAGCUCACCAAGAACUGGCUGCUGGGAGAGUUCUCAUGUAGGAUCGUCCCCUAUCUGGAGGUGGCAUCCCUUGGGGUCAACACUUUCACACUGUGCGCUCUGUGCAUCGAUCGUUUUCGUGCAGCCACCAAUGUCAAGAUGUACUAUGAGAUGAUCGAGAACUGGGCGUCCACCACAGCCAAGCUGGCGGUCAUUUGGGUUGGUGCGUUGCUGCUGGCGUUACCUGAGCUGCUCAUCCGACAGCUAGUGACGGAGGACAGUGACCCGCCCGAUGUCACGCCCUGUGAACGCUGUGUGGUUCGGAUCUCCACUGAGCUGCCGGACACGCUGUAUGUGCUGGGCCUAACUUAUGAUGGGGCCCGCCUCUGGUGGUACUUUGGCUGCUACUUCUGUCUGCCAACGCUGUUCACUAUCUGCAGCUCGCUGGUCACUGCCAGAAAGAUCCGUCAUGCUGAGCGAGCUUGUGUACGGGGGAGCAAGAAGCAAAUCCAGCUGGAGAGCCAGAUGAACUGUGCCGUGGUGGCCUUGGCCAUCCUUUACGGCUUCUGCAUCAUCCCUGAGAACAUCUGCAAUAUUGUCACUGUGUACAUGGCGGCUGGAAUCCCUAGGAGGACCCUGGACAUCCUGCAUCUGGUCAGCCAGCUGUUGCUGUUCUGCAAGUCGGCGGGAACCCCCGUCCUGCUGUUCUGCCUGUGCCAGCCCUUCACCAGAGCCUUCCUGGACUGUUGCUGCUGCUGCUGUGAGGAGUGUGACCCGCCCCGCAACAGUGAUGUGGAAAACGAAUGUGCCACCACUGAGCUGGAGCUAUCCCCGUUCAGCACCAUCCAUAGGCAGCCUUCCACCUCAGCUGCAUACUCUGUUGUAGGGACACAUUGCUGAGAUUCAAGCUGCAUGGCUGAACAGCUUGGGGUGAUCAGGAAGAUGAGUGAACAGUUCCUAGCUGUCUAAUUCUGAGAGAUCCCAAAUGUUGAACAGACUCAUAAUGCAAAUGCAAACCACCCAGUGUUUAAUGAAAUGAAUGGGUUGAUUCAAUAAUGGCCUAAAUCUAUGAAUUCUUUUUUUUUCUGUGUACAGGAACAGGUUUUUAUUAUUUUCUCAAGUUACAUCCUUUUACAUCAAUAAUAGCCUAUUAGAGGCAAUAAAGCACAGAAAGACCUGUGGUACCAUUAUUUGUAUUGAACAUUUAAAACUUCACAUAAAGGAAAAAAGACAUCCUAUUUAAUUAGAAUCCUUUUUUAGUUCCACACCUUGUAUCAAAAGCAAACAACAGAUGGCCACCCUCAGCAUCAAGUUGCAUCUGCGUACUUGCUGAGAUUCCACAUCUCACCACGAGAGAUGACUUCCUGUUUUAAAAGGGGGAAAAAAAAAAAUUUCACUUCAAACUUGAUGAGAGAUGAAGUCAUGAGUUGGACAUAUCCUAACAUUCAGAUAUUUAAAUGUAUUUAUAUGGAGCCUACCUCGGGCACAGCCAUCUUGAAUUACACUGCUGCCACCUCUUUGUAAAGGCAAAAAUACCUGCAACAGUACCUUAUCUAGCCUGUUUUAAUCUCAUUGGAUAAAAAACAUUAGGAAUAAAUAAAUGUAUGCCUUGGAGGUGGGAUUUUCAUGCAUGCCAUACAUUUUCACUAUUGGAUCUCAACUCCAGUAAAACCUCAAUUAAAAAAAUUGAGGAGGUAGGGCCCUUGUUGAACUCCUCAAUUUAGUUUCUAUAUGAAAAGAAUCCACUCACUAUUACGGUAAUUAAACUAGUAUUUCUAGAGCUUUCACUUGUAUUUUUAUCACUUUUUAUCAGUCAUAAGUUCAAUCUAUAUGAAAACACAAGUAGACUGAAUAUAGAGACUGUGUUGAGAAAAUAGCCGUAAAAGGAUCCAUUUAUGGUAAACUGGCUGUUUUUGUGUAUGAAUCUGUGAAGGAUUAUUUCCAUUUUGCUUAAGUAUUAAAUUGGAUCUGUUUCUAAAAGUGCUUUUCUGUCAUUUUUGAACAUGGGUUGUAAUACAAGUAAUUUGCUUCUUUUCCACCAGUGUUUUAGAGAAGAAGAAGAAAAAGAAGAAACAAAUGGGCACUCUUCAAAAAACAGAAUUCUUUGAUUUCUUCUGUUUUUGCAUUUUUGUCACUAAUCCUUCAGAUCAUCAUACAACCUUUUGUAACAGACAAAGGUGACCUGAGUAGAUUCAAAAUGUGGCUUUUAAAUGAUGAAUUUAGUUAAGGGAAAAAGCAAUUCAAACCAACCUGGCCUUUUAAGGAAAUAGCAUGAAAUGGGAUUAUAACCCAGUUCUUUUGGUUUAAUUUUAAUAGCAACACCCAGGCCUGAUUACUACUACUGACAUGUAGAAUCAAGAGAUCACUUAAUGUGAACCUGUCAGCAACAUAAAGUAGGCUAAAACAUCUAAAAAGCAUGCCCUGAUCUAAGGUC